GCGCUAGCUCACGAUGAAAGCCCGCAUACAAGACGGAGUUGUGUACUCUCCUUUUCCCAGCACGGAUAUUCCUUCUUGUUCAGCCUACACGGUCAUCGAGGAAGCUCUAUCCAGAAAUCCGGAACGGGUGGCAUUUAUUGAAGGUUCAAUCAAAACAACUAAAGCGGAGUUAUUAGCGCUCAUGAAGCGCUUUGCCGUGGGUUUCCAACAACAAGGCAUCGGUCCAGGGGAUCGCGUGUGCGCCCACCUGAGGAACAGCCUGGAGAACCUUGCGGCAAUGUACGGCUGCAUCUUCACUGGAGCAACACUGGUGCUGGCGAAGACUUCCCUCACCGAAAGUGCGUUGCCAAUGAGCGGCUUCUAAUACCCUCUUA